AUGUCCGCCGCUCAGGUUUCCUCCGCCAACAGCGCUCCUCGAACCAUCGAGAAGAAACCCGUCAAGUUCAGCAAUUUGCUGCUUGGCGCUGGUUUGAACUUGUUCGAGGUCACCACGCUGGGACAGCCGCUGGAAGUGAUCAAGACAACCAUGGCUGCCAACAGAACCGAUACCUUUGCCGGAGCCAUGGCGCGGAUUUGGGGCCGUGGCGGUGCGCUCGGCUAUUUUCAAGGACUCAUUCCGUGGGCCUGGAUUGAGGCAUCGACCAAAGGUGCUGUCCUCCUCUUCGUGGCAUCAGAAGCCGAAUACCACGCAAGAACUUUCGGAGCAUCCGAUUUCAUUGCUGGAAUCAGCGGAGGUAUGGCUGGCGGUGUCGCCCAGGCAUACGCCACCAUGGGUUUCUGUACUUGCAUGAAGACGGUGGAGAUCACCAAGCACAAGAUGGCUGCCGCUGGUGUGAAGCCACCCAGUACCUUUGCUACCUUCAUGGACAUAUAUAGACGCGAAGGUAUUCGUGGAAUUAACCGCGGUGUCAACGCGGUCGCUAUUCGCCAAACCACCAACUGGGGUUCUCGAUUCGGUCUAUCGCGGUUGGCCGAAAGCGCAAUCCGCCGUUUCACUGGCAAGGAAGAAGGCCAGAGGCUUAGCGGUUUCGAAAAAAUUAUUGCGAGCGGUCUCGGUGGCGGGUUGUCUGCCUGGAACCAGCCUAUCGAGGUUAUUCGAGUUGAGAUGCAGAGCAAGACUGAAGACCCUAACCGCCCUAAGAACCUGACUGUGGGCAAGACUUUCAAGUAUAUUUAUAGCACGAACGGAGUCAAGGGAUUGUAUCGAGGUGUAGCUCCUCGUAUAGGCCUUGGUAUUUGGCAGACCGUCUGCAUGGUUGCUCUCGGUGAUAUGGCUAAGGAAGCUGUCGAGAAGCUGACCGGCGACAAAGUGACUGCUAAACAUUAG